AUGGUUGACACAAACCCUUGGAGGUUAUACUUCGACGGGUCAAGUCACAAAAAUGGAACAGGCAUUGGGAUCUUAAUAUUAUCCACACAAGACAUUCUGACGAAGAUCAAAUGUAAAAUCGACGGAAAGUGUUCCAAUAAUGAAGCAGAAUAUGAAGCCCUAACCACUGGCCUCAAAUUCUUGAGGGAUUUAGGUGCCAAGAAGGUCGAGAUUAAAGGUGAUUCAGAGCUAGUGAUCAAACAAAUCACACGAGAAUAUAAGUGCAUUAAAGAAAAUAUGCUAAUGUAUUUUGAAAUGGCGAAACACUUAUUAAAGUACUUUGAGGUUGUCAGCAUCUCACAUGUGCCUAAAUUAAAGAAUCAAGAAGCUAAUGAUUUAGCAAAAUUUGCAUCUGGGUAUAAAGUUUCGAAAGAUAGGCUCAAGGAUUUUAUUAAGGUGAAAGAAAAAAUGGUGUCGUCGUCACCCAAAAUGGCAAUCCCAAAAACUGUGUGGGGGAGAUGUAUUUAG